CGCGCCGGCGAGGCUGCUGGGGAUCAAGCGCGGGACUCCGGCCGGUCUGCGUUCCCGCCUGCCGCGCGUCCUGCCGAGCGACCCUGGGGUUUGUGUCCACAUGCUGUCCCAGCUGCCACAGGGAAUCCCCCUGGGAGACUGAAGGGCAGGCUCCUGGGUUGAGGCCCACCAACCCUGAGCCUUAGGCCAGGGGAAUGGCAGCCCCCCUGGAAUCUCAGGACCAGGCCCCUGGGGAGGGAGAAGGGCUUCUAAUUGUGAAGGUGGAAGAUUCCUCCUGGGAUCAGGACUCUGCCCAGCAAGAGGACAGCAGGGAUUCUGAGGCCUGCCGCCAGCGCUUUCGGCAGUUCUGCUACAGGGAUGCGGGCGGGCCUCAUGAAGCCUUCAGCCAGCUAUGGGAGCUCUGCUGCCGCUGGCUGCGACCUGAACUGCGCACCAAGGAACAAAUCUUGGAGCUGCUCGUGCUGGAGCAGUAUCUGAGUGUGUUGCCUGGGGGUGUCCAGGACUGGGUGCGAGAGCGGUGCCCAGUGAGUGGCGAGGAAGCCGUUGCCUUGGUGGAGGACCUGCAGAAGCAGCCAGUGAAAGCAUGGCCUCAGGAUGUGCCCUCAGAGGAGGUGGAACCUGAGGCUGCAGUCCAGGGAUCUCAGGCCAAGGGACCUUCCCCGAAGGCGGGGGCACAAAGCCAGCCACCUGUACCCUGGGAGCAGCACAGCCAUGGUGCCCAGCUUCCUGCUCUUCUUAAAGAGGGGAAUGCCAAACAGAAAACGAAUGCCUGCUUUGCCCCCGAGAUCCAUGGACCUGUGACAUUUGGAGACAUUCCCUUCUAUUUCUCCCAGGAAGAAUGGGGGUCCCUGGACCCUGCUCAGCGGGAUCUUUUCUGGGACAUAAAGCGGGAAAAUUCCCGGAACAUUGCCAUAGGUUUGGGACUCAAGAGCCAAAGGGGGCCAUCCCGGCUGGAGGAGGCGGUGAGGGUGCUCCCAGGCCAGGAGGGCAGCGAUGUGACUGUGGCCUGGAGCCCUGAGGAGGCAGAGUCCUGGGAGAGCGAGGCCCGGCCAGGGGCGCCAUUGGAGCCAACGGUGGGGGCGAGGAGGGGGCGGCCCUCCACGCGCAGGCGACAGUUCCGAGACCUGGCAGCCGAGAAGCCACACAGCUGUGGCCAGUGCGGCAAGUGCUUCCGCUGGGGCUCAGACCUGGCGCGCCACCAGCGCACGCACACAGGCGAGAAGCCCCACAAGUGCCAGGAGUGCGAAAAGAGCUUCCGCAGCUCCUCGGACCUGGUGCGCCACCAGGGCGUGCACACGGGCCAGAAGCCCUUUUCCUGUUCUGAGUGUGGCAAGAGCUUCAGCCGCAGCGCCUACCUGGCAGACCACCAGCGCAUCCACACGGGUGAGAAGCCCUUUGGCUGCAGCGACUGUGGCAAGAGCUUCUCGCUGCGCUCUUACUUGCUGGACCACCGGCGCGUGCACACUGGCGAGCGGCCCUUUGGCUGCGGAGAGUGCGACAAGAGCUUUAAGCAGCGCGCCCACCUCAUUGCCCACCAGAGCCUGCAUGCCAAGAUGGCCCAGCCCGUCGGGUGAAGGCUGGUGGGAUCUUCUGGGAGGCGAAGCACCAGGAUGGCCAUCUCCCUCUGCUGCCACCUUCUGCAACCACUACCCCUACUGCCCUGCCCUGCUCUGCCCCAGAACCUGGUCAACACUCCCAAGUAAUGGAAAUCUCCUGUGACCUUGUGGCCAUUCUUCCUGCCCUCUGGCUUCCUGGAACCCCAGCACAUUCCUGGCAGGUGGCUUUAGCAUGGGAGAAAGGCUGAGGCAGCAGGGAAGUGUGAGGACUCCAGCAGGGCCUGGGGUCCCCCAUCCAAGAAACUCCCCUCAGCCUUGCUUGUCCUGGGGCUCUUCAUUCCUUGCCUUCUUGGCCAGGUCCAUGGGCUAGGCCCUCUGCCCUGCCAACCUGUGCCUUCCCACAGGGGUGGAGGACAGGCUUUGACCACUAGGGUGCUGACAGGCUCUAGGAGGGACAGUCAGCCCACAUCUGUGAAGAUAUGGGUCCUGGGUGGGGCCUAAAGGGUUUUCUGGCCUCCACCCCUCCCAUUUCCAGACCAUGACCACUCUGCCCUAUCCUGGCGACAUGGAAGUUGCCUGCCACUGAUUUCCACUGACUUCCCCCUUGAGAGCCAUCCUCUGCUGAGACUAGCGGUGGCUCCAGGGACUGGAGGUCUACUGUGAAGACCAAGAUCAGGGCCAGUGGAAACCCACUGCUCCCAUGCUCCCCUCCAGAUACGGGGGUGGGGGUAGAGGGGGAUGUUACUUAACACUAGCACUCUGUGAGCACUUUGUCACUGACUCCUUAGGCACUGCAUUCCAUGUUGUCUGCAUUGUCUGCAAAUUGGCAUUCACAGGGACACACCACAGGCUCUCCAAAGGAGCUCAAUCCAGCCUGCCUCAAAAGGGAGCAGGAAAAGGGUUUGAAUAAAUGUGGAAACUUC